GUUCAUAGUUACAAUACUUUAUUCAUGUAUGAUGAAAAAAAUGAGCUUAGUACAAAAUUAUUGUUAAAUUUAGCAUAUAUUCUUCCUAAUAAGUUGGAAUAUUUGAAUUUAGAACUUGGUAUUAAUAAUACAAGUAAUGAUUUGGAAGAAUUUUUAAAGAAUUCAAAACAUAUUUUUAUUAGAAAAUUAUUAUUCAGAAUUAAUAUAUUGAUUGGUGAUAUUUUACCCUGUAUAAAGGAACAUAUUAUGAAAGAGAGAAGGGUUGAAUAUAUAGCUAUCGAAGGUUAUUAUAAUAGUAAUUAUUUAUAUAAUUAUAAAAAAGAUUUGUUUACUAUGACAGAUGAAUUGAGAGAAUUUGAAUCGUACAACAUUAAAGUUAAAAAAUAUAAUUAUUUAUAUAUUAAAGCCCAUGAACUUAUAGACAAGAUCUAUUAGAUAUAUAUAUAUAUACCUCAAAUAUUUGAUGAAAGGUUGCUUAAGCAAACGUGUUUUUUUUUAUACAUAUAUAUAUAUACCUGAUUGCUGAAGGAAGCGUGUUUAUUUUUUUCUUGCGAUGGGAAAGGUAAAGGACGAGAGAGAGAAAGGGCGAGGUGAUGAGAAAGGGAGAAAGGACGUGGACGAGAUAGGGAGAAAGGGCAAAGAGAAAGGGCGAAGAGAAAGGAGGGCGAGAGGGAAAGGAAAAGAGAGGGAUGCGUAUAUUGGUAUAUUCAGUAUAUUCAUAAUUCUUAUUUUUAAAUAAAGGGAAUUAUUAUAUAUUAUAUAUUCUUCGUUUUAUAUUCAAUUUAAACAGAAUAAAGGAUGUGUUCGUCUG